AUGGCGCCGUUCACUCUGCGCAUCCCGCGCCGCCCUCAAGAUGGCGCCACUCCUCCCCUCGCACUACGGUGGCCGGCGGAGGCCGCACUUCCCGGCGCGCGUGCGCAGCGCGGCCGCACUGUGACUAAGAUGGAAGUCGGAGCAAUGAACGCGCCGCCGCCGUUCUGGGCCGGGGGUCCGUCACCGGGAGCAGCGUACAGCCCCGGGGGGGUCGGCAUCGGGACCGGGCUGCUGCCCCACAGCGCUACCCUGUGAGAUAUGGGGGGGGGGACCAAGGUAUUGCAUGCGCGGCUGUCUAUCAUCGCGGCGGACAUGAUGGGCUCCUACGGGUCCCUGGCGCGGUUCCGCAGCAUCUCCCGGCUGCUGAAGGUGAACGACAGCACCGUGCUGGGCGCCUCCGGGGACUAUGCUGACUUCCAGUACCUGACUCAGAUCAUCAACCAGAUGGUAAUUGAUGAGGAACUGCUGGGAGAUGGCCACAGUUACAGCCCCAAAGCCAUUCACUCCUGGCUGACCAGAGUCAUGUACAACCGGAGGUCCAAAAUCAACCCACUGUGGAACACUGUUGUCAUCGGAGGGUUCUACAAUGGUGAGAGCUUCCUUGGUUACGUGGACAUGCUCGGCGUGGCCUAUGAAGCCCCAACUCUCGCUACGGGGUAUGGCGCAUACUUGGCUCAGCCAUUGAUGAGAGAAGUCUUGGAGAAGAAGCCCAGCCUGACCAAGGAGGAAGCCCGCGACUUGAUUGAGCGCUGCAUGAAGAUUUUGUACUACAGAGAUGCUCGGUCCUUCAACAGAUAUGAAGUCGCUGUUGUGACAGAGAAGGGAGUGGAGGUGGAGGGACCGCUGACCCUGGAGGCCAACUGGGACAUUGCACACCUGGUCAGUGGCUUCGAGUGAUCUCUGCAGAACUGCUUUGUUGUGUCCGUGCUUCUGGGCGAUGCACAUCCAAGAACUCCUUUUGAAGUUCCCAUUUCUUUUGGAAAUGAAAUAAACCUGUUAAGACGA